UUAAUGUAUCCUAUAGAAAAGUAUAUUUAAAACUGUUUCAAAUAUGAUUUUAUAUUAUUUCAUAUUUAAUUAUGACUGACGCAAGUAGAACUUGAAAAUAUGGAAGGCGGUGCAUAUGUAAACACGUGUGUUGAUCGUAUAGUACAGCAGCAUUUAAGUAUUGUCAGUAAUCUGUAAUGAAUUAUAGCUCUUGCAUUGGAAACUCAUCACCAUAUAAAUGUUCAUAAUGGAUUCACAGAAAGAUGGUAUAACCAUUUUCUCGAAUUUUGUUGCCCACCAUCGUGGUCAGUUGGAAUCAUCAGGUGUUCCUGAGCACUUUUGGGAAGUUUUGUGUAAGAAGCUGAAUGAACAAGUAUUUGAUGCAGGAAAUACAUUUAAACUAUUGAAAACUGAAUAUGAAACAGAAUCGGUCAAACCAUCAUGGCAAGUUGUAGUUUCUCGAGAGGAAGGUGUAGAAGUGAAAGACGCAAGUCAAAUAUAUUUAAUAGAUCAUGCUUGGACUUUCCAAGUUUCUGAAGCAAAAAGACAUUUAAAGACCAUCAGUGGUCUUCUUGAAAGGAUGAAAGGUCUGAUGGGUAUUGAAGAUGACAUUGCUGAUGAUGAAGCAGUAGACUAUGUUCUCAAUGAAAUGUGGAAAUUCAACCAAACAUAUACUGUUGGAUCAGUGUCAAAUGCAGAAGAGAGAAUUCCUGUGUGGUAUAUAAUGGAUGAAUUCGGGUCAGCAAUUCAACAUUCCAAUGAACCAACUUUCAGAGCUGUACCAUUUAUUCAAAUGCCACAGCAGGUGCCAUACACCCUCCUUUUCCCUGUUAAGGAUGUGGCCACAGGUGAAGAAGUUACGAGGGAUUAUGUGGAAGGACCUAUAACACACCCUUCUUUUAGAGAUGCAUUAUUGUUGCCUUGGUUUCCAAAGUCAUUUGUAUUAGAAGAUUUCAGGCAAGAAGAACCGGAUGAAGAAUAUUUUUUGGAAGGACAUGUAAUUGAAUCUCUGCCAGAUCUAGAUGGUGAUCAUACCUUUAAACAAGAGCACAAAGCAAAGCUUAAAGUAUAUUCAGAAUAUAGUUUUGUGAACAAGUAUCUUAAGCAUCCUAAAUUUGAGAUCACAUAUGUAGAGGAAGAUGCAGACAUUCUUUGGUACAUACAUCAUUUCAAAGAUUACAGAGAAUUGAGAGAAAGAAAGUCAUCUGCUUUUGUAAAUCAGUUUCCGUUUGAAAAUGUGAUCACCAUAAAAGAUCUAAUUUGCAUUGUCAGCCGACGGACUUCAAAUGAUAUUGAAGAUAGUGACUCGGAAACACUAGAAACAAAGCCUUUGUGGUUGCCAACAACAUAUAACCUCAAGACUGAGCUCCUGAAAUUUGUUAGUUAUUACCAACAUCGCCAAGGAAAAGGUUUAGAUAACCACUGGAUCUGCAAACCAUGGAAUUUGGCCCGAGGUAUAGACACGCACAUUACAAAUAAUUUGAAUCAUAUUUUGAGAUUGCCAUUUACAGGCCCUAAAAUAGCUCAGAAGUACAUUGAGGACCCAGUACUUUUUAGUAGAGCAGACUGUGGAGAUGUGAAAUUUGAUAUUAGGUAUGUUAUUCUUCUCAAAAGUGUGAAACCAUUGGUAGCAUAUGCUUACAGGAAUUUCUUCCUUCGUUUCUCCAACAAGCCAUUUGAACUUUCCGACUUUGAAGAUUACGAGAAGCACUUCACAGUCAUGAACUAUAGUGAUAGUGCUUUACUGUAUCGUAAAUUGUGCCACGAGUUUGUAGACGAGUUUCAGCAUCAGUACCCAGCACACAAAUGGGAUGAUGUUGAAGCAAGUAUCUUUAAAAUGUUGCAUGAGCUGUUGGUGGCUGCAACAAGCAGAAAUCCUCCCAUUGGAGUAGCACACAACACACAGUCACGUGCCCUAUAUGCAGCUGACAUCAUGCUAGCCUGGCGGAUGAACAGUAAAGGGCGCUUAGUUAUGCAACCCAAAUUGUUGGAAGUUAACUGGGCCCCUGACUGUCAAAGAGCAUGUGAAUAUUAUCCAGAUUUCUAUGAUGAUGUAUUUGGUAUACUUUUCAUGGAUGAAGAAAAGGAUGUAUUCAAAUUGCUGUAAUGAAUCGUCUCUAAGAUACAGGCGUGUACAUUAACUAAUGUCUUUUAUGAUUUUCAGCUUAGUCUCUGGCAAAUACAAAACUGUUUUCUUUGUUGUGGGUAUUUAGUUUCUGAAUCAUUCUUAACUUUAUUACCAAAAUAUGUAGUAGGAUAAGUAAUGAUGUUUGUAAUUGUAACAUGCCACUGUUUAUAAUAAAUGGGAUGACAGCCUGAAA